AUGGUCUUCUCGUCGUCUCCCAUACACUAUGCGCCCAGUUCCUCCCCUCUCCCUGUUCCGGCGAACAAAAAGAAGCGCCGACUCUUCCAACCGUUUCCCGCUGAACAGCAAUCCAAGAGGACUAAGAUGGUUGGCGGCUUCAUAGCGGAGGACGACGAAGAUGAGGAAGAGCACAACGCUGAAAACAGGCCCAAGGAUAACGACCUACUGUUGCGGACAGAAACAGGCCCAGUCAUUCCUCCACCAAAAGAUCUCACAAGCCUCGGAGGUACAAGUGGCAUAUCACAAAAUACAACGAGCCUACAUACUUCGCCUAGUCCAGAUCUACCUCCUCUCCCUCGCCCAUUACUCAGAAAGCGGCAACACGGAGGUGUAACCCUCCAAACAUCUUCUGGCGCUGCAUUGAAUAUUCCCAUCAGACAAAAGGCCGAAGCUUUGUCGUACGAGAAGACCAUUGCGCAACGUUCAGUCACCGCUGAAGGCCGUGCCAAAAAGGCAUAUUAUGGCAUUGAAAUCCAUAAGCUUAUGGAUGAUGCUAAAACGCUCCAACAGCUUGAUGAGUUUGAGAAGCAGAGGAAGAAGCAACAGCCAGCCACGACUUCGCCCACAAAUGCUAAAUCAACCGGCUCAAACGCAAUGUUACAUCAGAUGUGGACGGAGAAAUACCGCGCAAAGAAAUUCACCGAGCUUGUGGGUGAUGAGAGAACCCAUCGACAGGUCCUUCGAUGGCUCAAAGGGUGGGAUGAAGUGGUCUUCCCGGGAAGUGCAAAAUUAAAAUCAAUGAGAGCCUUUGACGACAAUGACCCAAGCCGGCAACACCGAAAGAUCCUGCUUCUGACUGGCCCACCUGGUCUCGGGAAGACCACACUGGCUCAUGUCUGCGCCAGGCAAGCAGGAUAUGAGGUGCUCGAAAUCAACGCCAGUGACGACAGAAGCCGCGACGUGGUCAAAGGCAGAAUCAAGGAUGCCCUUGGAACGGAGACGGUCCGUGGGAUCAAAGAACAGGGCAAAGCUAGAAAAGCCGGACGCCCUGUCUGCGUCGUUGUCGAUGAAGUCGAUGGCGUCACUACCGGUUCUAGUGCAAGCGGUGGUGAGGGCGGAUUUGUCAAAGCAUUGAUCGACCUUGUACAACUCGAUCAGAGAAACUCCAUGGGCAAGGGAAACCAGGAAGCUCCAAAGGGUAGAAAGAAGGGCGACAAAUUCAGAAUGCUCCGACCGUUGAUCCUGGUAUGCAACGACGUCUAUGCACCUUCGCUUCGACCAUUGCGGACGAGCUCCAUCGCUGAAAUCGUCCAUGUUCGGAAAGCACCAUUGGACAAGGUCAUCGCUCGAGUCAAGUCUGUCUUCGAGAGGGAAUGCAUUGCUUGUGAUAAUGAUGCCGUUCGUCGGCUUUGCGAAAAUGCUUGGGGUCUGGCAAUGCGAAAGCAGAGAGGGCCAGGCUCUCGGGGAUCCGGAGAAGGCGAUAUCAGGAGCGUGCUUGUACAAGCCGAAUGGAUCGCACACAAACUGCGCGCCAACGAAAACAAACCCCGCCUCACGAGGCAGUGGCUCGAACCUCAGCUUGAAGAAGCUCGAACGGGACAGAAAGGCCUUGGACGAGGCGGUGUCCGAGAGGUUGUUGAGCGGAUAUUUCUAGAAGGAGCCGGCUUGCCUAACCUUCCAGCUACUCUAACUGCAGACGACGCGAGACUAGUUGCAGAUUCGAAAAGUAAUCCUGUUGGAGUCGCGAAUCUUCGCAAGCGAGCAGCAAUCACCGCCCUCCGGGAGAUGGUUGACACCUGUGGGGAGCAUGACCGGGUCAUUACUGAAUGCUUUGCCACGUAUCCAACCCAGGUAUUCCAGGACGAUGUACAACUGUCUAAACCAAACGCAAGUUACGAGUGGCUUCACUUUCACGAUUGCUUGUCGAGUCGAGUGUUCUCAGGACAGGAAUGGGAAUUGACGCCCUACCUGAACACCAGUGCCUGUGGGUUUCACCAUCUCUUCGCCACUGUCGACAAAGGUACGGUGGCCUGGAAUGAAGAAAUGCCUGAGGAAGAGGUCAAGGAUGUCCACCCGUUCAGUGGCCUGAAAGCAGACUUUGCCGCUUAUGAGGCGGAAAAGCAGAAUCGUACCUUGCUCACUGAGCUACAGUCGAAUUUCUCAGGGUCCUUGUUGAGAUUGUUCAGCUCUGUGGACGAUAUUGCGACAGAGCUGAUACCGAAUGUAGGUAAGAUGUUCGCGCCAGAUGUGAAGCCUGUCGUGAUCGGAGGUUCUGGGAGCUCCGCCAGUGUCGCCAGCGUGCGGAAGGAGUCUGAGAAGAACUGUAUCCGCAACGCAGUUCGAACCAUGUUGGCUCUGGAUGUUUCAUUCGAAAAAGUCCGCGUGGAAAUUGAGGGCGGCGGUGCUCACUCGAACGGCGGCUAUGCAUAUCGGAUGGAACCACCUCUCGAUACGCUACUAAGUUAUCACAUGGAUAAGUCAAGUUCGGUCACCGCACCAGUCCGAUAUGCAGUUAGACAAGUGCUUGAUCAAGAACUCAGGAAAGAGAGACUAUUGCAAAACUCAGUUGCCCGACACGCUCGCUCGACCAUAUCUGGCCUUAACGGGAUCACUGAUGAAGAAGCCGACAAGGAAAAUGAAAGCCCAGCCGACAAGGCGAGGGGAGCGUCGUCGAAGGACCUUGGAAUCAAGCGCGACUUCUUUGGUCGGAUCAUCAACGAGAGCCGGCCUACAUCAGCCGGUAAAGGCGUAAAGGAGCAGCCAGUAAAGAUAGGGACUAAUGAAAGUCGAGUGUGGGUUUCAUUUCACGAGGGCUUCUCAAACGCCGUUCGGAAACCGAUCACACUGAGGGACUUGCUGGACGGAUUUUGA